AUGGUAAAAAUUUCAGUACUAAAAAAUUAUAAAAUGUUGCCAUCUAUGGGUCAAGUUAUCGCCAAAACCAUACCACCAUUUUGGAACAACCCAAGCAGGAAAUCCAGACAUGAAUCGUGCGUGCUCUCGCUAUUUUAUAACCCCAAAAGUCCUAUUUUCAAGCCACCGAAAAAAGAAUACUUGCGCUGCAAAUUAAUCAGAGGUCACAAGCGUAUUCUUAGGCAAAUAAAAAAAUGCAUAAUACCAGCAAAGACACUGAAUAGAAUUGACCCCUCCAACCCCAGUGCACUUCGUCAGUACGAGGCACUCAGAAAUUGCUACUACAGAAAUGCUGAUGAGCUCGAUCCGCUAACAGAGACAGUAAAAGGCCCAAUUACUGACGGAAGGGCAAAGAGAAAGUCAGCAUGGUGCGAGGACAUUGAAAACAGCUUUAACAUGUCUUUCUGUAGAUCUUACUUCGCUCCAAACUCCAUACGAGAGUCUUAUUUCUUGUAUGUUGAACUGAUCUUUAUGGAGCUUGAUGCUGAAGUUUUAUGCGAUAAGUUUGAUUUCCACUGCUGCAGAGAGAAGAAUCAUUCCGGUGAAUGCAUCGAGAAGUGGCUACUCAUGAAAAAUAUUAUACAAUUCGACAUGAUCAGAGAACUGGAUCAUGAACCUAUAGUUUGUUCAGAAAUCAUUCUCCCUAACUAUGGCUUAGAUAAGCUCAAACACGCACAUUCUGAAAUGAUUAGCCAAGCUAAUAUGUAA